CCUCGUGUGUAACUCCAUCAAUUCACCACUUCCUCUCACCGCGCGUGCAGAGUCGACGACCCUCCUUAUAUAUACUUCUCUAUACUUGUGUUGCAAACACAAGGUUAACAGACAUGGGCGUCAACGAGAAGAUUGGCUCCGACUUGGAGAGCGGAUCCCCAGGAUCUGUUACCUCCCCUCAUCCAGAUGUCCAAGUCGGCGAGCAUGGGCUGAAGAGAAACCUCAAGGGUCGACACAUGCAGAUGAUCGCUAUUGGAGGUUCCAUCGGCGCGGGAUUGUUUGUUGGAGCUGGUAGUGCCUUAAACUCUGGAGGACCUGGUUCGCUUGUCAUCGACUUCAUGAUCACUGGACUCAUGUUGUUGUUUACUGUAAAUGCUCUCGGAGAACUUGCUUGUAUGUUCCCAACCCUUUCGUAACAGCGGCUCCAUACUAACUCGUUGUAGCCCUUUACCCUGUCGCUGGAUCUUUCUACAAUUACUCUAUUCGAUUUAUCGACCCUGCCUGGGGAUUCGCCAUGGGCUGGAACUAUGCGAUGAACUGGCUUGUCGUUUUGCCAUUCGAGUUGACCGUAGCUGGUGUCACCAUUGCCUUCUGGACUGAUAAGGAUGGCUCGGGCAACCCAUCGAUCGACGUCGGGGUUUGGAUAACCGUCUUCCUGGUGCUAGUUUGUGCCAUCAACUUCUUCGGUGUCAAGGGAUACGGAGAAGUCGAGUUCGUUCUCGGAUGCAUCAAAGUCAUCGCUAUUAUUGGCUUUAUUAUUCUCGGUGUAAUCAUUGACUGCGGGGGUGUGCCAACUGACACUCGUGGUUAUAUUGGAGCCAAAUACUGGCACCAUCCAGCAGCUUUCAAGAACGGAUUCAAGGGCUUUUGUUCCGUCUUCGUCACUGCCUCCUUCGCGUUCGGUGGAACUGAACUUGUUGGUUUGGCAGCAGCCGAAGCCGCCAAUCCUCGCAAGUCCAUUCCAAAAGCCACUAAGCAGGUGUUCUGGAGAAUUGCCCUCUUCUAUAUCAUCUCCUUGUUCAUCCUUGGACUCAUUGUCCCAUCCGAUAACGAGAACCUUUCAUCGGCUUCUGGAGGAAACACUCGUUAUUCUCCAUUUGUCUUGUCCUUCCAACUCGCAGGAAUCAAAGUUCUCCCAUCCAUUUUCAACGCUGUGAUCACGAUCUCCGUUAUCUCAGUUGCAAACUCCUGCACUUUCGCCUCCACUCGUACUAUCCAGGCUCUUUGCGCCAAUGGUAUGGGACCAGCAAUUGGUGCUAAGGUUGACAGAAAGGGUCGUCCCUGGGUCGUAUUGAUUGUUGUCCUCCUUUUUGGCUGCCUCGCAUACAUCAACGAGGCAAAGGAUGGAGGAACUAUCUUCACUUGGCUUCUCUCUCUUUCUGGUCUGUCCAACUUCUUUACUUGGGGGAGCGUCUGUUUUGCCCAUAUCCGGUUCAGACAGGCUUGGACAGCCGCUGGGCGUACUACAGACGACCUGCCUUUUGCCGCGAUGUUUGGAACAAUCGGUUCUUGGAUCGGUCUUGGCCUCAACAUCCUCUGCCUAAUCGCCCAAUUUUAUGUCGCUUUGUGGCCUAUUGGAGGCAAACCGGAUGCCCAGGCAUUCUUCCAAAGUUAUCUUGCCGCUCCAAUUGUGAUCGCAUUCUUCCUCGGAUACAAGCUGUAUACUAGGGAUUGGAAGCUUGGCGUCAAGCUUGCUGAUAUUGAUGUCGAUGCUGGCAGACGUGAAAUCGACUUUGUCGCAUUCAGGGCCGAGUUGGAUGCAGAGCGAACGGAGAAGGCAACAUGGCCAGCGUGGAAGAGAUAUUGGGAUUUCUGGUUCUAAUCUGUCAAUAUGUAGCAUAGCCAAACUUGGUGGAGCUCUUUGGUGAUUCAAAUAGAAAUAGAAAAGCAGGAUGUAGAAGAGAUAUACCCGAAUAUAAGAAAGAAUGAAAGCGAAAGAGGAAACUGCAAACCCAGUCGCCAUCAAGUCCUAUUGUACUCUUCGCCAGAACUGAAUUGGUUCGCUCGUCGAGAGGCAAUUCCGUGACGCUUCUGACCUCCUCUAUACUUCCCGUCAGAAUGGAGCGUUUUGCAGGACCAACUACACAGUAUGGGUCCCAAUCCUCUCGGUGAUGUUGCAUGAUGGGUAAGUAGACACCCUCAGCUUCUGACAACUGGCCACGACUGUUGCAUGGUGGCUUGUGUGCUUCUGGUGUUCAGCUGCCGAGGUUGAUUGAUGAGGAGAAAAAGAACGCGCCUUGACGCGGGGCAGUUGAAGCGUCACGGCUGAUUACAUGACAUGGCUCCACCCUUCUGGAUUAUUGGUUUUCAGGAGAGCUUGUAUCUGCCUAAAACGUGUUUCGGGGCAAUAAGAUUGUUCUAUAGUAGAUGAUAAAGUUCAAGCACUGGCCAUCUUAUACUCAGGCAUCAAAUACCUGGCCCCAGCAGCUCGAGCUUGCUGAGUCAUUUGACUAAGCUAAAAUGAUGAGUUGGUAUAGGUAGCUAGAAAUGGGAUCAUGAUGACUGAUUUCGCAGCUGAAAUCUUCAUAAAUUGAUUUCUCUGAUCAAGAAUUUUUCUUGUUUUUAGAGCGUGAGAGCUUAAUGGAGAUGUUGGGUUGUGGCUG